UUGGGUGGUUUAUUUGGGGCGGAGCUAGAGACCACUGACACGUAAGGAUCCUGCGUUAAUUCCAAGGGAGAAGCUACAUAGGCCUACAUCUUUUUAGUCGAGAAGGAUGUCCUUUUUAAAUAUGACCAGCUGCUAAUAUUUUCUAUUUGGAUUGAUGUAUAGAAUUACCCAAAGAGUCACACAUUAGGGUGGGGGGUGUAGGCUGACGAAAGGACCGACGUAGUCUAUAGUCAACGUUGAAAAUGAGAUUUGCAAUGUUUAUUUCUCUGCUGAGGCCCAUCGGGCCGGUUAUUAUCGGUGUUUCUUUGGGAUUUACCUUAAGUUUACUUAGUGUGAGUUGGGUAGAGGAACCUUGUGUCCUCGACGGGAAAGCGGGUGAAGAAAUACGUUUGGCCCAAGAUGGGAAUUCAAAAGGAGCGAGGAGACCCAAUUCGAUAUCGACUGUGGAUGCCGAGGAAGAUUUUGAGCCAAGAAUAGUGCCAUAUAAACCAGUCCAACAAAGCCAAACGAAGCAACUUUUUCGGGCUAAGUACAUCAGUACAGAGCUGGGGAUCCGGGAGCACCUCUUUGUAGGGAUCCUGACAUCCAAAAGCACCAUCAACACAUUGGGAGUUGCCGUGAACCGCACCAUCAGCCACCACCUGGACACUGUGGUCUUCUUCACCGGCAUGCGCAACCGCAAAGUGCCCCGCGGCAUGUUCGUGGUCACCCAUGGGGACGAGAGGCUCAUAUGGAACAUUUUCCAGACCAUCAAGUACAUCUUGGAGCACUAUGUCCACGAGUAUGACUGGUUCUAUCUGGCCCAGGACGACACCUACACAGAGGCAGACCGGAUCAAACAGCUGGUGGCUCACCUGAGCAUAGACCGGGAGCUUUACAUGGGCAGCCCUGAGGAGUUUAUAGGUGGGGAGAUGGAGGGGAGGUACUGCUACGGUGGGUUCGGAUACCUCCUGUCCCGUACCCUGCUGCUCCGACUCAAACCCUUCCUGGAGAACUGCAGGAAUGAUAUCCUGAGCGCCAGGCCUGACGAGUGGCUGGGCAGAUGCAUCAUUGAUUAUGCCAACACCAACUGUGUGGAUGAGCAUGAGGGGCUGCAUUACUUCCAUUACGAGAUGGGCAAGAACUCGGAUCCGAGUAAGGUGGAGAAUGUGCAGUUUAAGAAUGCCUUGACUGUCCACCCGGUAUCUGACCCUGAGCAGAUGUACAGACUACACAAACACUUCACUGAAAUAGAACUUCAGAGGACAUACGAUGAGAUCGAGAAGCUGCAGGCAGAGAUAAAGAAUGUGAGCAAAGUGGCUUUUGAUGGCAACCGGAGCGCCCAGUGGCCCAUUGGGAUCAAUCCUACGUUUGAGCCCAAGUCUCGUUUUGAGGUCCUCCGAUGGGACUACUUCACAGAGGAGCAGGUGUAUUCAUGCAUUGACGGCUCCCCCAAGUGUGAACUGCGUGGCAUUGAUCGGUUGGACGUGGCCGACGUCAUCGAGAUAGCCAUGGGGGAGCUGAACAAGAAGUACAAGCCUGUCCUCCACCUGAAGAAGCAGCAGCUGAUCAACGGCUACCGCCGCUUUGACCCCACUCGGGGCAUGGAGUACACACUGGACCUGCAGCUGGAGGUAGUCAACCAGAAGGGCCGCAGUCGCUCCAUCACCAAGAGGGUCCACCUGGUGCGUCCUCUGAGUCGCAUCGAGAUCAUCCCCAUGCCUUAUGUCACAGAGGCCACCAGGGUUCAUAUCAUCUUACCGUUGACUUUUCAGGAACGGGGUGCCGUCAACCAUUUUCUAGAAGUGUUUGCCACAAAUUUGUUUGAGACCAGUGAAAACGCCAUCUUGACUUUACUGUUUAUCUACGACCCAUUCGAGGCCCAGCAGGUCAACCAGAAUGACAUAUUUACCGAUGUUAAAGUGCAGAUCAAUGCAUACGAACGAAAGUAUCCGGCAGUGAAGAUCCUGUGGAUAAGUGUCAAGACAGAAACCCCUUCUCAAAUCAAAUUCAUGGACAUCAUUUCCAAGAAGCACCCAGUAGACACUCUGUUCUUCAUCACCAACGUCAACACCAACGUCAACUCCGAGUUCCUCAACCGUUGCCGCAUGAACUCCAUCAACAACUGGCAGGUAUUCUUCCCAAUCCACUUCCAGGACUACAACCCAGACAUUGCCUUCCACAACCAGGAGCCCCCACCCACACUAGACCUGGUUAAGGACGCCGGACACUUCGACCGCAAUUCUUUCGAGGAGGCGUGCUUCUACAACUCCGACUACAUGGUGACGCGCACACGCAUGGCCUCCGACGUGCAGGAGAACGAGGAGAUCGUGGAGACCUUGGAUAUCUACGACAUGUUUGUCAAGUACUCCAUCCUGCAUGUGUUCAGGGCUGUGGAGCCGGCUCUGCACCAGAAGUACCGCUACCAGGCCUGUAACCCGCAGCUCAGUGAGGACAUCUACCACAGGUGUGUCCAGAGCAACCUGGAUGGCCUCGGAUCCCGUUCCCAGCUUGCCAUGCUGUUAUUUGAACAAGAACAAGGAAAUAGCACUUGAUCACCAGCCCCCUUAGAAACUUUACCUAGUACGUGUGUGAUUGUGUGUAUGCGUGUUUGUUUGCGUGAGUGUGAUUGUGUGUAUGCGUGCUUGUUUGUUUUAAAACUAAUGCAGUACAUUCCUAAGCGGAAACCUUUUUUUUACUAAAUGUUUACAAUAAAAAUGUGCUGUCCGUACAGAAAACGAUGCUGGAACCAAAUGUGUUUUAAACCUUCGGAUUUGGUGGUCAUGCUGGUCUUCUCAUUAUUUUAACAUGUUACAAAAGUUCUACAUACCUUUUGUGGCUCUUCAGAGUAUGGCUUUAAACCUGCACAACUUUUGAUACUUGGUCAUUUGCAGUUUAGUAAUCACAACUAAAGCACAUCUGUGUGCCUUUUUUUUUAAACAUCUGUCAGUCCUCUUGUAUUUUCAUGUCUGUUAUCAUAUCAAGCAAAAUAAGUUGAGAUUUUUACAUUGUAUACAUUUUAGCCAUAUUUGAGUCCCUUUCACAUUACACUUCUCACAUUUGAAUGAAUGAGCUGGCAUCUGCAAUAUAGAUUCACUCUACUCACAUGUUAAUGGGAAGGAAGCGUUAUGGCACUGACUGUCAUCAGAUGCAGAAUGAGAUUACUGUUGGGUUGAGAGGAUUGGAUGGUAUGUGUUGGUACUGUAGGUCCCCAUAGGUGACAUCACAAACAAGCCUGUAGAUGUAGAGCCUCUUCAGGAGGUUACAGUAAAAAAAAAAUACAAAAAAGACACCGAUAUGAUUCUCUUAUUUAGAAUAGGGAAUUAUGUCAUCUUUAUCCAUUACAUUUUUAUCUGCAACGUUCUGAAUGUUUUAACUCUGAAUACACCCCUGGUCAGAUGCGUUUGUCUGAAGAUAUUUUGGGGAGUCCUUGUUGAGAGGCUAACGCACAGUUCAGACGCUGAACUUUUGGUGAAUCGAACUGAAUAGAAAUGAAGAGUUUGCGAGGUUUGCUUGAUGUACUGGUUGGUUUCAUACAACCGCUUUCAACACUGCAGACUUCCUUGUAGGCUUUGGGUCGAAUUCAGGCACAACACCUCUUGUUUUAAAGAAGUUCAUUGCACUAAAAGGACAAAGAAAGACGAUUCCCACUCCUAUGCAGCGCGGAAGAUAAUGUUUGAAACGGUGAACAUGAUCGGUUUAAUGUGCAUCUUAUAGGGAUGGGCAUUUUCCAAUUGUUUAAUGUUCGUGGACCCCCCCCCCGAGUACUCAAAUAAUCCUAAUUGCCCCAAAAUAUAUAUUAAAACAAAAUUGCAAGUGCCAUUUUAAAAUGAAUUUAUUGAAGCCGUGAUAUCAACUGGUUAUAUUAUGGAACACAAUCUUCAAAAAGGCAGUAACAGCAGUGGCGCUUGCUUGUAGAACCCUGUGGCUGUUCAAUGGCUUAGCCUUUUGUUAAUUUAGUAGACAAUACGCUCUUAUUUCCCGAGCCCUUAUCACAGUCAAAACGCCUAUUACAUAGUUAAAAAAACAAACAUGAUGUAAUAUAACAGAAUAAAAUGGAACAGAAUAUUUUUCCAAAUGAAGAAAAGUUGCCAGUGCAAAGUGAUAUUGAACAGUUAUCAUCAGUGAUCAUUUGAAACGUUUUCUAAGUGGAUGAACACUUUCACAUUGAACACUGCACGGUGAUGAAUUAUGGCCACAACUGUUUUGAGUAGGCAUAUACUUAUUUAUUCAGAUGAAAAUACGCUCUUUGUCUUUAUCAAACUAAUGUUUUUGCAUAUGUUAAGUGUGGAACCUGUAUGUUUAGGAGGGUUCUAGAAUUGGUUAGCCCAGGCUAAAUGGCACAAACAGUUCGCAAAGUAACUUUAGCGGAAAUAGUAUAGUCAGGACACAAUUAUUCCAAAACUGCAGCUUGUUGCUGGAACACAUUUUCCUACUUCAAUCAACCAGACCAUUUUUGAAUUUGUAACCGUCAUCAUUUGGCAUGGAAUGUAGCUUGCGUAUCCAAUGCGUUAGAUACGUACGUGUGUGUGUGUGUGUGUGUGUAGGCAUUUGUUUCUGUAGGCCUAACGGGAGCUUGUGUGCGCACGCUGCACUUGUGUGGAGGCAUCGGUCAGAACGCAAUUGCGUGAAUGAGACAUGGAGGGGAAAGGGGAUUUGGAGGUGUGACGCUUGGUUUCUUUUUUGUUGUUCCCAGCAAAUGCACAUGUUCAUAUGGAACACAAGAGUCGAGGCAAAUUUGAACGUUGUCUAAAGACAAAAUGUCACUUGCCCGUUUGGGCAGCCACAAAGCACAUUCCACCAAAUAGUUUUAAGGUGGGCUAUUUGGAGGAAAAAAGUGAUCUCUGGUUAAAGAUUGAGCUUUUACGUCCGUUGGAGUACUAAUUUACUCAUGCCUACUCGGUUAACGCAACGUGUCUUCAGAUUUCCAGUCUCCUCAUACUUAAAAUAAACCAUGAUGUCGGCGUUAACAUAUACGUUGCACAGUAAUAUCGCUAUUCCCCCCCCCCAAGAUUGCAAAUGAAUCUGUACGUUGUAGUGCCCAUCGGUUAUGAAUGUUUCAACCUCUGUGUUGAGAAGGGACACACUCUAAAGUGAUUUUCGUACCAGGUUAGGAAAGCAUUUUCGCUAACCCCUUUUCCUCAGGCUCCUAACUUGCUACCUUAAAUCUCCCACCCUGCUGCGUAAAUUCUCUCGAAUCCCCGAGUUGACAAGGUACAAAUCUGUCGUUCUGCCCCCGAACAAGGCAGUUAACCUACUGUUCCUAGGUCCUCAUUGUAAAUAAGAAUUUGUUCUUAACUGACUUGCCUAGUUAAAGAAAAGGAAAAACAUUUUCAGAUGGCACUCCCAUACCCGCUCUUCCAAAGAGAAAGUGAUGUAUUUUUUUAAGUUUUGUGCAGCAUAGAGCAGUGUUUGAACUUGGGCUAGCUGUGACUGGACUAGUUCACAGUAGUUGUUGGUUUCGGUGUGUUACACACAUGUACUCUCAAUAUAUUGAAGUAGGUAUUUGAAAUCAGUUGAACAAGACUGCAGUUAUUAAAGGCAAUCAUGAUUGUGGUAUGUACUGUAUAAGUUGGCAGUCAACAUUGUUACAUGAAUAUUACAUUACAUUUCUAUUACAUCAGAAAAUAUAUAUAUAUAUAUAUAUAUAUAUAUCAUUUGUACUAUUUUCUACAGUGUAGAAUAAUGGUGAACACAUCAACUAUGAAGUAACACACAUGGAAUCAUGUGUUAAACAAAUCAAAAUAUAUUUAAGAUUCUUCAAAUAGCCACCCUUUGCCUUGAGUGUUGUACACUCUUGACACUUUCUCUCAACCAGCUUCACGAGGUAGUCACCUGGAAUGCAUUUCAAUGAACAGGUGUGCCUUGUUAAUUUGUGGAAUAUCUUUCCUUAAUGCAUUUGAGACAAUCAGUUGUGUUGUGGCGGGGGGGUGUAAUACAGAAGGUGGGCCUAUUUGGUAAAAGAGCAAGUUCAUAUUAUGGCAAGAACAGCUCAAAUAAGCAAAGAGAAACAACAGUCCAUCAUUGACUGACCUUCGUGUUUGAAAGUAAUCUGGAAAAUGUCAAGAACUUUGAAAGUUUCUUCAACUGCAGUCUCAAUCAUCAAGCACUAUGGCUCAUGAGGACCACCAAAGGAAUGUAAGACCCAGAGUUGGCUCACUGCAGAGGAUAAGUUCAUUAGUUACUAGCCUAAGAAAUUGCAGCCCAAAUAAAUGCUUCUGAGUUCAAGUAACAGAUACAUCAGCUGUUCAGAGGAGACUGAAUCAGGCCUUUCAUGGUCGAAUUGCUGCAAAGAAACCACUACUAAAGAACACUAAUAAUAAGAGACUUGCUUGGGCCAAGAAACAAAUGGACAUUAGACCGGUGGAAAUUGGUCCUUUGGUCUGGAGUCCAAAUUGGAGAAUUUUAGUUCCAACCACCUUGUCUUUGUGACAUGGGUGAAUGAAUGAUCUCAGCAUGUGUAUUUCCCACCAUAACGCAUGAUGGAGGAGGUGUUAUGGUGUGGGAGUGCUUUGCAGGUGACACUGUCUGAUUUAUUUAGAAUUCAAGCCCCACUUAACCAGCAUGGCUCCCACAGCAUUCUGCAGUGAUGCACCAUCCCAUCUAUAAUUUCAUUUUUUCAACAGGACAAUGACCCAACAAACCUCCAGGCUGUGUAAGGGCUAUUUGACCAAAAAGGAGAGUGAUGGAGUGCUGUAUCAGAUGACCUGGCCUCCACAAUCCCACAACCUCAAACAAAUUGAGAUGGUUUGGGAUGAGUUUCACCGCAGAGUGAAAGAAAAGCAGCCAACAAAUGCUCAGCAUAUGUGGGAACUCCUUCAAGACUGUUGGAAAAUCAUUCCAGGUGAAGCUGGUUGAGAGAAUGCCAAGAGUGUGCAAAGCUGUCAUCAAGGCAAAGGGUGGCUACUUUGAAGAAUCUCAAAUAUUGUUUAACACUUUGGGGGUUACUACAUGAUUCCAUAUGUGUUAUUUCAUAGUUGUGAUGUCUUCACUAUUAUUCUACAAUGUAGAAAAUGGUAAAAAUAAAGAAAAACCCUUGAAUGAUUAGGUGUCCUAGAAUAUUUGACCGGUAGUGUACAUAGUUUGAAAUUACAUUUGAUAUUGACAUUUCCCUGCCACAUUUAUGGAAGUUUAAAUGUUAUUUUGAUAAGUAUUAUUAUAUGUAUUUAAAUGGUAACACAUUGUAGCCCUCAAUAUCUAAUGGUUUGUUAUCAAAUAUAGCUGUACACCCCGAAUCCCGCUCAGUAUUGUGCAACCAGAGGCCUUUUGAGUGGAUGCAGCAGGUACUAGAAACCUGAGUUUGAAAUGUGAGUUGAAGUAAAAUGUGUGCAAUACUGUAUAGAUUGUAACAAAACUGUGCUGUCCAAUCAAGAACAAGGAUUACAUUUUUGUGACGUGUUGCAAGUUGACUACAUGCUCUAAAUUGUAUUUAUUUAAAACUUAUACCAAGGAAAUAUCCUGCGUAACAACACUGAAUGUGAUAGGAAGUACAUUAAGACUUAGCUUGCGUUACUGUUUUGUUUGUUAAUACACUACAUUUACAAGAUUAGAUUUAUAUUGUAUUAUACUGACAAACAAAAUGGACACUUUUAAUCUAUCAUGACAUGAAAACCUACUUAAAAUAAAUAACCUAAUUCCCUUAAAUCUUGAUUUUAAAUGUGUCCUGAUUUUUUUUUUCCAAGUGGUUUUGUAAUUGCAUCCCCAAAUCUUAAUGCGCGUCUACUUCACCAGAGACUGAGGUUACAUUAUGCAAAUUCAGAAGGCUGAAGCUCAAAUAGAGAUUCCAAUUUGUUUGCUUUGUAUCUCUGUGUGUGUGAUAUAUUUGUUCUGUUAUUAGCUUUGUUUACAUAUGGUAAUAGUGUGUGUGAUAGACAUUUCCUAUUUUCUAUUUUACACAAUGCAUUUUCUUUUUACUACCACUGUAAGUCCAAGUAUUGGAUUCAGAGUUUGAUCAAUCAUUUUAUUUACCAGUAAUUUGAAGUGUCCAGUGCACUGUAGUAUGUUUCUAAUGGUAGUGUUACCCAAAGCCAUUGCUCAUUGAAUUGAGAAACCGUGACAGGUUAGAAAUUUAAUCCAUAUCCUCCCUUUUUAAAGCAGCUGGCCCAAGGCUAUCCAGAUAUAUAUAUAUAUGAAAAGGUCCUGUGUACAGUACAAACUGAUGUUUUGCCCCCAUCUUAGGACAUUUGUUACACAAAUGCAGGACAUUUCUUACCUACCAACAGAAAACCAAAAUACUCAUUGGUAAGUCUCCUAUUACAAAGAUUUUGCAUGUCAUAUUAAUCCAAAUGAGUCAUUAUGUAGAUAAAACACUCAGUGGUAUACUGGAAAUCUUCAAUGAACUGUGAAUUAUUGUAAUUUUAAAAUAAACUAUUUGAGUAUGAA